GGGGGGGGUGGGGGGGAGGAACAUGGCGCAAGCUCUGUCUGAGGAGGAGUUUCAGCGGAUGCAGGCCCAGCUCCUGGAGCUUCGGACUAACAACUACCAGCUUUCAGAUGAACUUCGCAAAAAUGGUGUUGAACUCGCCAGUCUUCGACAGAAGGUCGCCUACCUGGAUAAGGAGUUCAGCAAAGCUCAGAAGGCACUGAGCAAGAGCAAGAAAGCUCAGGAGGUCGAGGUACUGCUGAGUGAAAAUGAGAUGUUGCAGGCAAAGCUGCACAGCCAGGAGGAGGACUUCCGCUUGCAGAACAGCACACUCAUGGCCGAGUUCAGCAAGCUCUGCAGCCAGUUGGAACAGCUGGAGCGGGAGAACCAGAAACUGAAGGAUGGGUCUGCUGGAGCAGUGGCUGCCCAAGUGGAGCCCCAUGUGGAUGGGGAGCUGCUCCGGCUGCAGGCAGAGAACACAGCAUUGCAGAAGAACGUGGCAGCCCUGCAGGAGCGCUAUGAGAAAGAGGCCGGGAAGACCUCAGCUGUCGUUGGGGGUCAGGGAGACCCCUCAGGGGGCCUGGCCCCCACACCAUUGGCAGAGGUGGAGUUGAAGUGGGAAAUGGAGAAAGAGGAAAAGAGAUUACUCUGGGAACAGCUGCAAGGCUUGGAGAGCUCAAAACAAGCUGAGACAUCCAGGCUGCAAGAGGAACUCGCUAAGCUCUCCGAGAAACUGAAAAAGAAACAAGAAAGUUUUUGCCGUCUGCAGACAGAAAAGGAAACACUAUUCAACGACAGCAGGAACAAGAUUGAGGAGUUACAACAGCGGAAGGAAGCGGAUCUCAAAGCCCAGUUGGCUCGUACCCAGAAGCUACAGCAGGAACUUGAGGCUGCCAAUCAGAGCUUGGCAGAGCUAAGAGAUCAGCGGCAGGGGGAGCGACUGGAGCAUGCAGCAGCUUUGCGAGCCUUGCAAGAUCAGGUGUCCAUCCAGAGUGCAGAUGCGCAGGAACAAGUGGAAGGGCUUUUGGCUGAGAACAAUGCCUUGAGGACUAGCCUGGCUGCCCUGGAGCAGAUCCAAACAGCAAAGACCCAGGAACUGAAUAUGCUCCGGGAACAGACCACCAGUCUGGCAGCUGAAUUGCAGCAGCGGCUGGACGAGUAUGAGGACCUCAUGGGACAAAAAGAUGACCUCAACUCCCAGCUCCAGGAGUCAUUGCGGGCCAACAGUCGGCUGCUGGAGCAGCUGCAAGAAAUUGGGCAGGAGAAGGAGCAGUUAUCGCAGGAACUCCAGGAGGCUCGGAAGAGUGCCGAGAAGCGCAAGGCCAUGCUGGAUGAGCUAGCCAUGGAGACGCUGCAGGAGAAGUCUCAGCACAAGGAGGAGCUGGGAGCAGUCCGACUCCGGCAUGAGAAGGAGGUGCUGGGGGUACGGGCUCGCUACGAGCGUGAGCUCCGGGAGCUUCAUGAAGACAAGAAGCGGCAGGAGGAAGAGCUCCGGGGGCAGAUCCGUGAGGAGAAGGCCCGAACACGGGAACUGGAGACUCUGCAGCAGACAGUAGAGGAACUUCAAGCUCAGGUCCACUCCAUGGAUGGCGCCAAGGGCUGGUUUGAACGGCGCUUGAAGGAAGCCGAGGAGUCCCUGCAGCAGCAGCAGCAGGAGCAAGAAGACGUUUUGCGGCAGUGUCGGGAGCAGCACGCUGCUGAGCUGAAGGGCAAGGAGGAGGAGCUGCAGGCUGUGCAGGAUCAGCUCCAGCAGGUCCAAGAGGAGCGGGACGAGCACCUGAAGACCAUCAGCAGCCUGAAGCAGGCCUUGAGGAGCUGGUUCUCUCUGAGAUGAACUCACCAAGCCGGACCCAGACCGGGGACAGCAGUAGCAUCUCCUCCUUCAGCUACCGGGAGAUCUUGCGGGAGAAGGAAAGCUCGGCUGUUCCAGCCAGGUCCUUAUCCAGCAGCCCGCAGGCCCAGCCCCCUCGGCCAGCAGAGCUGUCAGAUGAGGAAGUGGCUGAGCUUUUUCAGCGGCUGGCAGAGACCCAGCAGGAGAAAUGGAUGCUGGAGGAGAAGGUGAAGCACCUGGAGGUAAGCAGCGCCUCCAUGGCAGAGGAUCUCUGCCGGAAGAGCGCCAUCAUCGAGACCUACGUCAUGGACAGCCGCAUCGAUGUGUCCGUGGCAGCAGGCCACACAGACCGCAGCGGGCUGGGCAGUGUCCUGCGAGACCUGGUGAAGCCAGGCGACGAGAACCUCCGGGAGAUGAACAAGAAGCUGCAGAACAUGCUGGAGGAGCAGCUCACCAAGAAUAUGCACUUGCACAAGGACAUGGAAGUUCUGUCCCAGGAAAUUGUGCGGCUCAGCAAGGAGUGCGUGGGGUCCCCUGACCCAGACUUAGAGCCGGGAGAAACCAGCUAAAAAGAUCUGCAGGCUACACCCCCCUCCCCCCUCCCCACAGGAUGCCCUUCCCUUGGGCUGUGGUGGAAAAAUGGGGACUGGCAAGAAAAUCAAAUAGUUUGGGAGACUGGACAUUAAAGGGGCUAGAGGCCUGACAGCUGGUGUUAAUGACCCUGUCUCGAGGCAGAAGCCUGUGGAGAGUGGGGUCCUGAGGGAAGGGGCAGGGAUUUCUCCUUCUUAGCCCUGGCUCCCAGGCGCUUCUGCCUUCAUCUCUGCAUGAGCUCUCCCUCCCAGAGACCAACUCUUUUUUAUUUUAUUUUAUUUUUUAAUUUAUGUCUGGAAGCCUGGCUACUCUGCAUUUGGGAUCGGGGAUGUUGGGUGGGGGCGCGGUCCAUGUUCAGCGUUCUAGCAACAUGUGUGUGUGUGUGUGUAAAGGCUGUGCAGCCAAAAUACCAUCUGGCCAGACGGGCCCACCCAC